ACCAGCAAAGAUGACCAUUUUGGCAAUUUCUUCAAUAAUAAUCUUCUUCCUCUUUUUGAUAUCAUAUAUCUGUGUCUACCAUAACUUCCUUCGCAAGUUUAACAACCAACCAUUCAUGAUGGAUCAUUAUGUAAUUCUAGCCACUACCCAUUUGAAUUUGGGCUGGAAUUUUCUGUUCAGACGCUCCAACUUUCAGCAUUCACAAUGUGAUCAUGUGCCAAAGAUUACUGGUGAAGAACUCGGUGUAAGGCGCUACGAAGGCAAAGAUGAAGGUGUGGAAUGUGCAGUGUGUCUGUGUAAGAUUGAAGAAGGUGAUGAGAUAAGAGAACUUAGAUGUGAACACCUCUUUCACAGAGUCUGCUUAGACAGAUGGGUUGGAUACAGGCACAUAACUUGUCCCAUGUGCCGCGAUUCACUAGGGCGGCGAAGAAGAGCCACUGAGCUUGGAGAGGAAGUUCUGGUGUUCAAGUUCUGGUCUUUCGGUUCAAGGGACCGAGAAUUAUGGUGGCUGCGGUAAAUCAUUAUGCCUGCUAUAUAUGCACUUAUGCUUGUAUGUAUGAGUUCCUUGUAAUGCCUUUCGAUCUCACAAUUAGUACAUUUUCUGUGUGUAUGAUAAUCAUGUCCGCUUUCAGGACCAAUGUAUUCCAACUGUUUGAAAAAUUAGGACAAAUUAUAGUCAAAAGAAUGUAAUUGCAGUCUUGCAGAAUAAAGAAAAUGGUGGAACGACUUUUCUACCCGAAGGCUUUACAUCAAGAGCCAUUUGGGUAGAUUAUA